UAUUCAUGUGUAUCGGUGAUAAGAAACAUCUUAUCAGGUUCAUCACAACCAGUCAGUUAUGUACAUCUAUUGGCCAAUAACAAGUUUUAUAUUCAGUUACAAUGAAGCCGUUUAAUCAUUUAAGAAUAUUAAACUUUUCUCCUCAACUUAAAUUAUUAUUUAAACGACCGUUUAGCGUUGCAGCAGCAGCAGCAGAAGCAGCAACAGAACCGCAGUUUAUUGGCAUAAAAUCGAAAUUCACAAACGUUCUCAAGUUUAUUAACAGCGAUAGUUAUGAAGCCAUACCAAUAUACAGAAUUUUAUCUUCUCCAAUCACCAAUAAUAUUGAUCCUAAUGAUUCUUUAAUUAAGCUGGAUAGAGAAAAAUUAUUAAAAAUGUAUCGUGACAUGAUUAGAAUUUCCGUGAUGGACAAAAUUCUCUACGAAUCUCAACGACAAGGCCGUAUUUCAUUUUAUAUGACAAAUACUGGUGAAGAAGCUCUACAAGUAGGAUCAGCAUCCGCUUUGUCACUAGAUGACGUUAUUUAUGGGCAAUAUCGUGAAGUCGGAGUCUUGAUGUGGCGAGGCUACCCAUAUUCUAAAUUUUUAAAUCAAUGUUACGGUAAUUGUAAUGACCUAGGUAAAGGUAAACAAAUGCCAGUUCAUUAUGGAUGUAAAGAAUUAAAUUUUACAACUAUUUCAUCGCCACUUGGUACUCAAAUGCCUCAAGCUUCGGGAGCAGCGUACGCACUUAAAUUAACGAAACGUAAUGCAUGUGUCGUCUGUUAUUUUGGUGAAGGAGGAGCGAGUGAAGGUGAUGCUCAUCCAGCCCUAAACUUUGCUGCCACUCUUGACUGUCCAAUUAUUUUUAUAUGCCGUAAUAAUGGAUACGCAAUAUCAACUCCUGCAAAUGAACAAUACCGAGGUGAUGGAAUAGCAGCCCGUGGACCAGCAUACGGAAUUCAAACAGUCCGAGUAGACGGCAAUGACAUACUAGCGAUGCAUCAUGCUACUAAAGUUGCACGUGACUAUUGUAUUGAUAACGGAAAACCUGUUUUAAUAGAAGCUAUGACUUACCGUGUAAACCAUCACAGUACAUCAGAUGACAGUACAGCUUAUCGAUCAAUUGAAGAAAUAAAUCAAUGGAUUAAGCAAUCUCCCAUAAUUAAAUUUCGUGAAUAUUUAAAAACAAUUGGCCUGUGGGAUGACGAAAAAGAAUCAGAGUUACAUAAAUCAACGCAAUCAGAAUUUAUGACAGAGUUUACAGCUGCUGAAAAACUAUUAAAGCCCCAUUGGAAAGAAUUGUUUACUGAUGUCUACCAUGACAUGCCAGCACACAUAAAGAAACAAAUGCUGACAAUGGAAGAGCAUUUAAAGGAAUAUGGACAACACUAUCCUCUGAAAGAAUUUCAAUCAAAUUAAUUUAUAAAUUCAAUAAAGCUGUAAACAUUAAGACUUGUUAAUUUUUAUAUUGUUGAAUUUAUUAAUAAAAAUUCUAUUUUCAAUGA